CGAAACCCAUCUAGCAUUUCGUUAUAUCGUGUACUAAGAAACGCACAAAACCAUACAGCCGGGGGAGAUUAUUUGUUGAAGCAGGUUUGACGCGAUCCAGCAAUUUACAAGAUGAAAUACAAUUUAUUACUCGUACUGCUUGUGGCGGCGACAUUUUCGACUGCAAUUGCGUCUCCACGGCGCGCCCGUAUGGCCAAACCAGAACACCCCACCACUGUAGUUCAAGAAGUGUCUGCAAACGAUCAAGAAACCGUAUCACCUUCAACGGAAUUAUCGGCCCAACCGGUAGAGGAAGUGCCGGAAGAAAAUGUUCCCGAAUCGCCAAAGGAUAUGCAGGAGUCAAAGAACGAUGCUGACCCAACAGUAAGCAAACCGGAUGAUCACGACGUUGUAGAAACUGUUGUGACCGAUGGUGAGACCGAAGAAUCUGUCCCAAGCCAACCGGCUGACACUGCGCCAGUUGUGGAACAGGGUGAACCAGACGUGGCGGAAGAUAUGCAGCAGCAUAAGCGGGUCGAAACCACCGAGAAGGAAUCGAAAUCAUUUCUGAACCUGUUCCUAAACGGAUUGGAUCACAUCAAGACGGCAAUCAACGAGCUUCAAACAGGUGUGCAAACCUUCUUCAUCUCAACCGAUGCCGAUGAAGCGGUGGCGGAUGCGGUGUUGCCUUAGUUUGUGAUAUGUGGCUCUGUUUCCGGAUGCAAUUUUAGAAAAGCAAUGAGGAAAAA